CAACGAAAUAGUUGCCGCCGAUCGCCGUUGACUAGAAGUAGGCAAAAGUAAAAAGUGAAAAUUAUAAACCGCAAACUCAGGAAUCACAAAAGAUAAACUUAGUUGAUUUUAUAGGUGCAAAAUAUUUAUAUUUAGAAGUGCUUUACGAUUCAUUAAAAAGUCUGUAUAAUGAUGUCAACAACAGAGGGGGAAUUGGACGUAGAAAUAUCUCAUGAAAAGGAAGAUGGCGAGUUGGAUGACUCUGAUGUAGAAGAAGGCACUUAUAUACCCUUGGAGCGCCCGGAGGUUUUUAACCCGCCAUCACUUGUAAAUAUGCAAAUACAAGAUGAGCAAAGUGAUGAAGCUUCACUUGCUGAAUCUUCAGGCUCAGAGUCAGAUGAAGAGCCAAGACGUCGUGCGAAACGUACUAAAGUGAGGCCACGACGCCCACAACAACAACAAUCUGGCCGCAACAAUAAAUACAAUAUAUGGUGCCAAACUUUACAGGAAGACCUCUUGACUGAGGACAUGGGCACUUGUGAUGUUUCAAAGAAAAGCAGAUAUGGCGUUGAAUCUUAUGAUUACACUAUUAAGUAUAGAUUAGAUGAUAAAUAUAUUUCUAAGAAAGUGUUUUCUAGUAGUGAUUAUAACCAGACAAAUAAGAGAAAGUAUUCAGACAGAUCCAAUGUAAAGUUAAGAUUGGGGAAAAGAGUUAACAGCCACCGGCCAGUAGAGGAGAAACAAGAGCCAAGAUUUCUGCCAGACCUGGUUGUCACAUUAGAAGAUUCUAUUACUAACCUUGCAGUAGAUAUUGCUGAAAAGCUGGCUGAAGAAAAGAAAGAUUUAGUUGUUAGAAUUGUAGAGGUGCUUGGUGCCAGUAAAGCAAUUGAAAUAUAUGAAGAGACACAAAAGGUUGAGGCUGAAGGAGGAAUGCUUGUAAUGAAUGGUACACGUCGACGUACACCAGGCGGAGUUUAUUUCUUUCUGUUAAAGAAACAUGAUGAUGUGUCACACGCUAUGAUUAAUCAGAUAUUUAAUGAAGACCGUAAAGAAACAACACGAAAAAUUAAAAAGACGCGCGCUAAGAGUCGUCAAAAGGUUAUGGAACAAUUAAAACAAAGUCUAACAGAUUCUGAACUACCAUCUCUUCUUUCAAGAGGAGAAGCAACUAUACAAACUGAACAUGGUUCAAAUCCACCACCAUCUCCAGCUACAGAUGCUCGAGAAUGUUCAAGCGACACUGAUACUCAUACAGAGCACGAGCAGCAACCAUCACCAAUUAGGCCCUCAUCACCAAUACCUGAUACUCGACCCAUACAAACAUAUGAUGAUGAUGACUAUCUUGAAGUGAUGUGUAAUGAUGAUAUGGAUAUGCUCUGAAGUGUUGUGAUAUGUGAUUAUGUGUUGUUAAUUAUGAGCAUGAUUUGGUAUUAUGAACGUACCAUUAAAAGUGCUAGAUGCCUAAAUUAUAAUUGCAAUAGUGCAUUAAAUAGUUAUGAUAUGCCCCAAAUUGCAAAUACAAAUAAUGCAAUUUAAAUUUAGUAGAAUAUAUUUAUUUUACAAAAAUGGCAUAAUUGUAAAGUAAAACCAGUCAAUUUCUUUCAAAGUAUUUGGUAUAUUUCAUGUACAAAAUUUAUCCUAUUUGCUUUGAGGAUAAUGAUAAGCUACAAUGAUCUGACUAGGUCAAUGACAUGGUAACUAAUUAAAAAGGCUGCUGUUUGUCAUUUUUUCAUGGCUUGAGCACCAAUAUGGAGAAAACCUUAUUUAAAUAACUUUGUUAAUUAUUAUAUCUUUUUAGUUUUGGUAUGGUCAUUAUCAAUCUAGGCUAUGUUGUGCUAGGCCAUUGAUGAUUGGUUGAAAUGAGUAGGGUAUUGUUACUGUGCAACUAUCAGGCUGUGAUUUUUCUACUGCGGCCCAUUUGCCUGCCUUAGAACUAGUUGUCAAGUGUAUUUGUACUUUGUUACAUGUAAAAAUAAAAUGAAUGAAGCCGUAAUAUUACAUGUCUGUCUAUUGUGUGUAUUAUAUAAUGUGUACCAUAAGCAAGGUUUAAAUUUGAGACAACACUACUUUUAACACUAUUGUUUUCUUUAUUAUAGUCUAUAUACAAUCUAAUCUAAAAUAAAAACAUAGUUACAUUUUGUCUAAAAAUAUUGAUUGUUAUUCUUAUUUAAAAAAUAACUAAUGUUUGGGAGUAAUAGGCCUAACUUAGAGUUUUACUAUGGUAAUUGUUUUAAAAAUUAUUUCCUCAAACUGUUGCACAAAUGUUUUUUGUUUAUAUUUACGAAAUAAAGAAAUACAUAAAUAUGUGUACAGUAAAGUAUUAUAGGAACUUAUUGUCAAAUAAAUAAUUAGGUGUGAAAGAAAUCACAUUUUGGUAUGAAAAUUAAACACAUUCUGUCAUUUUAAUCUAAAGACCUAUAUUAUAUUUAUUAGUAAUAGAAUUUUACACAUUUUUAUUUAACACUACAAGCUUGAAAUUAUUUUCAAAUAAUUUGUGUUAAAUAGGAAUGCAAUACCAUAAAGAACUUCAUAUUA